AUGGACAGCUCCUCCGCGAGCCCGUCGCCUCACCUGCGGCGCGCGGUGCUUUCCCCGUCCCCGUCACAUGUGCCCUUGCCCCCGAGCGGCCCAUCCAGCAGACGCGGCUCGAGCACCAGCGCAGGCGGCGUCGGCGGCGUCGGCGGCAGCAGCAGUAACGGCGCACGAGGUCCUCCGUCCAGCAUCCCGCCGCUCAUGUCCGUCAGUCCACGCACUCUAUUGCGUCCCAGGCUCGACCGCGGGACCACCAACCUCACGGCAGCUGCAGGGACCCUGUUGAGUGGGUCGCUGCUGAGGGAGGAUCCAUUCUGGGAAGGUGCAACCAUUACCGUCAACCAGCCCGUGGGCAGCCUCUCCAUCUCGCCAAACUCGCGCGAUGUAUGUCUGGCUUCACGCAAGGGCCUGUACAUUCUCGACCUCAAGAACCUCGAGUCUGCUCCUCGCUUUGUCCCACAAGGAGGAACAUGGCAGAUUGCCGACUGCCAGUGGUCACCGCACGCAGUAACAGACAACCUCAUCCUGUCAACCUCGAGCCAAAAGCUGUUGGUAUGGGACCUCGCGGCCCAGGUGCCCCUGUUCCAGAGCGUGGACGCACACGAGCGCGCGAUCACGGACAUUAACUGGCACGCCAUCGAUCCCAACCUCAUGGCAACUGUCGCGAUGGACGCAGGCAUUCGCGGAUGGGACCUCCGCAUGGGUUGUUCCAGGCCGUUCAUGCGCUUGUCAGCAUGGGGUGCGGCGGGAACCCAAGUCAAGUGGAACCGUCGUGCGGAACAUAUUCUUGCUACCGCGCACGGCAAGGAGGUUAUUGUCUGGGACCGCCGUAAGGGUUCUAUCCCUCUAUCCGUACUCAAAGCACACGACGCAAAGAUCUACGGCAUUGACUGGGACAGGCGCGUAGCGCAGGAACUCGUCACUUGUUCCCUUGACAAGACCAUCAAGACCUGGCACCUGCCAGAACUCGGACGGCUCGACGGCGAAGACCCAGCCGACAAGCCCUAUGUCGCACGCACAAUUGUGACAGAGUACCCCGUGUGGCGAGCACGCAACCUCCCCUUUGGAAACGGUGUCCUCUCACUUCCACAGCGUGGCGAGACAGCCCUGGAAAUGUAUGGCGCCAAUGGCGACAUUCCUGUCGAACGCUUCGAGGGCGCACAGAACCAGGUCAAAGAGUUUGUGUGGCGCGUCCGCGGAGGCGACGACAUGGCCUGCGAGGACCGCGAUUUUCAACUCGUCACCUGGAGCAAGGACCGCAAACUGCGCGUGUGGCCCGUUCCACGUGAAGUGUGUGAGCGUGUGGGUUACAAGCGCGGCACUCCCAUCACAGUCCUAGUCUCGCGCAAGGGCGCCGACCCAAAGAGGACGUUUACUGCGAUCCCGGGCGAGUGCACCGGCACAUCUCGACUACCACUCCCCAUUGUUGACAACCACACGCCAAUGGCGCCAAGUGGUAUCGCGAGGCAACGGCUAUUGGCGCACCCUCGUGAGAGCGGCAUGACGCGCGGCGGUGGAACUGCCCGCAAAAUGGACCAAAUCGAGUGGCUCACAAAGGUCGUCAAGACUGGCCCAAAUGCCAACGUCGGCAACUCGGACUCGUCAGCUGGUCCCAGCCGUGCCCCAUCAACUUCCGGGGACAGCAUGUCACGUUCGCGCAGCCGCAGCAAGACGCUCGGAGAUGGUAUCCGUCCGCUCAGCAUCAACCGCGCCACGUCAAUGUCGCGGGUCGGCUCCGCGAAUGAUUCGAGCUAUGCCAACAGUGAUUUUAUCCCCCUCAAGGAUGAGGUGCUGCUCGUUCACAAACUGUUUCCAAAGUCAAAGGUCAACUUUGAAAAGGUCGACCUUUCUCUCCGCAAACUCACAAUGUCGCUCAACGGUCCAUGGGCCAACGGUGACCGUUUUGCGUUUAUCCGCAUUCACUGGUCAUUCCCUCCCAACUACCCAUACGCUCCGGAAAUCCCAACCUUUGAGCUUGAGCGCAACGCGACUGUCUCGCCCAUCACACGCCAUCGCAUGGUGUCAACCAUCAAAGAGCUUCGUGCCAGUAGCCGCCAGUGUCUCGUCGCCGUCACCGAGUUUUUGCUGGGCUAUCACGAGCGCACAGGUAGGCGCGUGUUGGACGACGAGGGCAGCCAGUCCGACUCGGACGCACCGGCCCUCACGCAAAAUGUACCAAUGUUGGUGCGCACCACAGGAGCCGUAUUUGGUCCUAAUGGACAACUGGCGUGCUUCUUCCCCAAGCAGACAGUUCUACCUCGCGCCCGCACGUCCGCAUCGCGUUCACCGUCUGGCCAACGGGACCCCUUCAACACCCCGCUCAAUCGUGCCAUUGCUGCCCUAGGUCGUUUGGAAAAUCCCAACAGACCCAUGGCAUCGCGGUCCCGCAGGCAUGUUCGGAGGCUCAAGGGUAUGCUGGCGCCCGAGCAGGCGCGCUCCACCCUCACACUUCACAAUGUGUCCCACAUCGUGAAAGAACCUGACAUGACUCUUGCCGCUCAAUAUUCCACCACGUCCAUUGACGCCAACCUCGUGUACGCUGUUGAUGCGAAACGGUUGGACCACGCAGAGAUCUGGGCCUCUCUCCGUGCCCUCCUGCACGACCCGCCACCACCAUACUCUUCCCAUCCAGCACUCCGGCGUGAGGAUGACCCCCGUCGUGAUCGUGUCAUGUGGGAGCGUGAAAUGGAACGCAAACGAACGGUGAUUGAUAUGCUCUUCGACCGACUCAUGGAUGACGCCGACAUUCAACUACUUGCUCUCGUGGCGUGUAUCCUCAUGGAACAUGACCGCACAGCACCACCGCCACCUGUUCAUGAAAGCCUGGUUCACCAUUCCCCUGAGCAAGACUACUUUGUCCUCCCCACCACCGGAGAUAACGGUGAUCAGCACCGAGCUUCGACACUCACCAUUGGUUCGUCACACACUGCCGGCCGUCGCCACUCGAGCCUUACGCCCACGACCCCGCCAGUCCCAUCAUCUGGACCCAGCAGCUUGAGAACAUCGGGCUGGAGCCAGAUUCUCAUGAACCCGUCGUCCAUCUCGCUGCGUGGAAUGACUCUCACCCCACGCGACCGCACAAGCUUUGACGUCUUGUCGAUGCCCCGCACACCAGCAGAUGUCAUUGACGAGACUCAACCGACACACACACGCUCUGGCAUGAUCAUCCCAAGGGGCGAGGUUGUUGCGUCUCCACUGGCGUCCAGUGCGCCAAAGAACGCUGGCUUUGGUGCCUCACCUCGACGUAUCCUGGAACGCCGAGACAGCCAGCAGCGCCAAAGCCGUGACCCUCGCCCACGCCCACUCAACUCACCCGGCAACACUGCUAUCACUGCUCCGCACACGGGACGUUCUAGUGUUAACGAUCGUGAUCGGUCCGGCUCGAGUGACGCGGCUGCUGGCGGGAGCGGGUGGAGCAGCGUCCCGGGAUCUCGCGCGACAAAAGUGUCAUUUGGCAGCGGGUCACCGCUCCGGCGUGCCUUCUCACGCCACGCCAUCGCUCUUGGUCCGCAGCUCGAACGGCGCCGCCGGCAUCAGACAUGUUCUGUGCGUCUCGAUUUCGGUGCCCUCGAUAUGGAGGAGAUAUCGGCUCCUACGUCACUCCUACGCCCUGAGCGUCUCCCCUUUGCCGAGGUCUGGAAACUGGCGUAUGCCGACAUGCUCCUCCGAGCAGGUCUUGUUGGACGACGCACCGCCAUCCUCCAGUACCACUUUGCGACCGUUGAAGGCGGAAUGCCAGGCGCCGCGUCGGGCGAGAUGGGGCGCCCACAGCUUGAACUGGCGACGGUGUGCCGGUACUGCAAUGACAGCUUCGUGCCACCGGGCCAAGAUACGUGCUCAACGUGUGAACGGCCUCGGGCACCCCCUAUGUGCUCUUGCUGUCGCGAGCCCAUCAGGGGCCUCGCAACAACGUGCACUGUCUGCUCGCACACGUCGCAUACUCGUUGUAUUGUCAGCAUCCUCAAUACCAGGGAGGACCACUGCCCCGCGUGCGAGUGCCACUGCCUUGCGGAACGUGGUGUCAGUGGCGGAUUCGCCACAACGUUCCGACCGCCCGAUUCCACCGCCGUGUCGUAUGGCUUUACACCUGACGCCCUAGGUGUAGGCCUAGGAGGUGUGGGCAACGCAAGCCCCUACGGGGGUAUGGCAAGUCCAUACGGAGGAGAGGUCACAGGUCAAUUUGCUGGCCUUGGCGGGCCAGGGGGCCUCAGCCUCAAUCUCGGACCGAUGGGCAUGAUGGGUGUCGACCUUGCCUCCCCUGGCCUCCGCCGCCUCACGCCGUCCCCUACGGGCAUGAACUUUGACGGCCCUCAUGCAUCUGGCAACAUGCUUUCGUCCCCACCCCACCCGCCUGGUUGGCCAAGUAAAGGUGGUCUGGCCGGCGGUGGAGGAGCGCUGGAGCUCACCGAUGAAAGUGACCCACCUGCCGCCGCAGGCGUUCCGCCAUCUCCACCGCUCAUGGCACCGCAACCGCAAGGCAUGUUGGCCAGGACGAGGUUGAGGGCUCUCGGGACGGAAGGGAUUCUCGGGUGGUAG